AUGGCAGCAGCAGCGCCCGCCAUGCUCCCUGGCAUCCGGUUCGACCCUCGCGAGCCGGUGCCCCCCCGCUUCGCUCAUCUCGUGCAACACCUCCCCAACGGCGAGCUCGUGGAUGACGCAGGAGACUUUAACCGCCUUCGCUUCGCCGCUCGUGAUCGUGACUUUCCCGGCGUUGGCGGCGGACACGGUCCCAACCUUGCCCCUGCGAACCCAGACCUCCAUCGUCCCGCUCCUCAGCAUCGAUUCCAGAGGUUUGUCGAGCCUGACAUCCGGCCGAUCGAACCCGAGGCACCCCAGGCCCAGCAUGGCUUCCUGCCACCUCUGUCAUCCUCCAUCAAGGUCCAGGUCGUUCACGACACGGCAAAGUUCACCGUCACCCACCUCUUCUGGAACCAAUCCAACGGCAUCGACCAGGGAACCUACCAAUUUCCCCUCCCACUAGACGCUACCGUGACCGACUUUAGCUGUCGCGUCGGCGCCCACAAAAUCAUCCGUGGCAGGGUCAAAGCCAAGGAGGACGCGAGGCGCGAGUUUGAGCAUGCAGCUCGCCAAGGCCGCCCUGGUGGCCUGGCCGAGCAGCAGACGGCCGAAAUAUUCACCAUCAACCUUGCCAACAUCGGUCCCAACACCAAGAUGCGCGCCGAGAUAUCAUUCAUGUGCCUCCUCAAGCACAGAAUCACCAACAACCGGGAGGUCUUCACUCUGACCGUGCCGACCUUUAUUGCUCCUCGGUACGGCGACGUGCCGCAGGGGGUUGAAGUCGGCACGCGAAACAACCACUUCAUGAACUUUGAGCUGGACGUUUUGACAGCGCAUGAGCUCAUCGCCAUCAACAGCGAUACCCACAGUAUCCUCUUCGAAAGAGGUGCCGGUCAACGGGCUUGUCAGACGUGGGAAGACUUUGUCAUGCGCCGCGACAAUGCCGACAUCAACUUGAAAACGGGCAUCGUACAGCUGGAACAAGCUCGCACAAGUCUGGACAGGGACAUGGUCAUCUUCAUCACCACCGCCAUGGCUGAAAACACAGAAACGCCGCUGGCCUGCCUCGAGGUCCACCCAGAUUUCGAACACCACAGGGCCUUGAUGCUGACUCUCCCGUCCGACUACCUCCUCACGGGUGAGGGCUUCGCCCACGACGGCGAAAUCGUCUUCGUCGCCGACCGCUCGGGGUCCAUGCAUGACAAGAUCGAAAGUCUGAGGUCCGCCAUGAUGUUCUUCAUCAACGGUAUUCCCGAGAACCGGCCGUUCAACAUUUGGUCCUUUGGAGGCUACUGCGAAUCCAUGUGGCCGCGAUCCAAAGGCCUGAACGAAGAGACGAGACGAGAAGCCAUCCACUAUGUUCGGCACCAUUUUGCCGCCAACAUGGGCGGCACGGACAUACUUCCCGCCCUCAAGCAAAUUUACGAGUCCAGGGGUGGCUAUCACACCAUGGAUGUCGUUGUCCUAACCGAUGGUGAGAUCUGGGACCCUCAAGAGACCAUCAACUUUGUCAAAGACACGCGGCUCAGGAGCGAGGGCAUGUUUCGCUGCUUUUCUCUCGGAAUUGGCUACGCCGUCUCGCACGAGUUGGUCGAAGGCCUUGCCAAAGCCGGUGGGGGUUAUGCCGAGGUGAUAUCCGAUGCCCACGGCGGCGGCUGGGAGGACCGCGUCGUCGCUGUGCUGAAGGCUGCCAUGACGGGCCACGUUGGCAACGUGCAGAUGCAAAUCGAAUGGCACAGACCGGAAGGUUCGGAAAUGGUGCCGCCGCCCAAGUUCAAGCAGUCCCCUGCCGAUGUAUCGGCCAUCAGCCCCUUUGUGCGCAACCGCGUUUUCCUGCUGUUUGACUCUGAUAUGCAGUCGCUUGGGCUCCACGCCAUCGUGCUCAGCAUCAGGGGUCCCCAAGGCGUCGUCACGACCAAGAGAAUCUUGCCCAAGCGUCUGCUCCAGCCGGAUGCCACCCUUCACAAAUUGGCAGUCCGGGCGAUCCUGGGCGAUCUCGAACGGGGGGAGAGCUGGCUCCAUCGAUUUCAGCAGCAAAAUAGAUCCGGCGCGGAAGAGGCCGUCGUUCGACAAGAGGCAAUCGCUCUAGGGUGCAAGUGGUCCCUGGUGUCCAAGUGGACCAGUCUGUACGCAGUCGAGGACGAAGCUGCCGACGCGAUGGAAGACAUCGACUUUCAGAUUCAGCUCGGAGAUGAUGAGGAUGACCACAGAGACGCUCUCCUACAACCUCGGGGCAUGCCCAACAUGAACAUUGGCCUGAUCCCGCAGGGCGACAACGCCGCGCAGGGGGUGGAAAGUGCCAGCGAAAGCGACGACGCCGACUCGGAAACGGGUACAGAGAUUGGCUCCAUUCUUCCGAGCGACGAUGAUGAGGGAAGCGGUUCACAAGAUACGGGCAACGGCCCAAACGGAGGAGGCUCCGGGUCCGCCGGUGGACGAGGUGCUGACGGCGGUGGCGCCCACGACGGAGGCGAUGCAACCCAACGAGGGCACAGCAGGAGCGGUGGAAAUCAUGAUGGAGGAAACGGCGAUGGCAGUAGUGACGGGCAUGCCAGGGGUGAUCGGGACAGUGCACCACGCAGUUCCGCCGGGGCAAAUGAUGGAGCCGAGAACGAUGACAUGCAGGGCUCACAAGCGACAGUAGGCGGGUCAUUACUAGAUGACUGGGAAGAUGACUUUGAUCUCCUCGAAUCGGCGCAAGCGAACUCUGACACAGGCGAGGAAGCUGCCAUCGCCUCCGAUGCCGUCAGCGCAAACCUCCCUGCCGAUGUACCUUUGUCUGGACCGGCACCGGCGCCGGCUGCUUGGGAGACAACGGCAAGCAGGGAGCGUCCUCUGCCGGGCGGUUCCUCACCGUACCCUUGGUGGUCGAACACGACGACGCCCCGCACGCAUGCGCCAGGUGGAAAUACCAGCCUACGAUCCUUCAAGUCUGUGUUGUCGAAAUCGAAAUAUGCUAAGAAGGCAGUUGCUGGAUCAAAUUCCGCGUUGGCUCAACUCGCCGCGGCUUCUACCGUCCCGCCAGAGCUUCAUCGGAGUUUGGUUGGCGAGUCGAGCGGCGGUCUCGAACCCCUAUGUAUACCAGCAUCACCGAACGUGUUGGCGGCGGGAAGCAUUUUCAGCCAUCCUCACCCUCAGCCGACCCGUCACUCGAUAAAUCCGAUCCAAGAAUCUCGGACCGACAGCGCAACCUCUCCCUUGUUCCAGCCAUACUCCUCGUCGCCGUCAUUGUCGCAGCAAGUUGAGGCGAGCAAUCUCAGCAACAUGGCAUCUAGCACUUGGGAUGGUCAGAACAGCAUCCAACUAGGCCAGACGAUGAGCGCCCAGAGCAACCCGUUCUUCACCGACAACAACAGGACGGCAUCUACCUCGGCGGUACUGGCCCAGCUCUCAUCGGCAUUCCCGGAACCCAACGCCAGCUUUCCCUCGCACUACGGCUCUGAGGCUAGCGCCCCGGUCUACAACCCCCCUGCGUCCACGUUUGUCCGGAAGACCGAACGCUUGGCUCCCAAGUCAGGUGAGCAACUCGCGGCUGAACUGUUCGUUCGAGACACUCUGCAGUUUCAGCGAUCGGACGGCCGGUUUGAAUUUCAAUGUGACGAGGACAUCAAGGCCCACCUUGGCGCACCUUUCUUCAGAAUCGUUCUUUCACUCAGGGGCUUUCUGGCGACCAAGGCCGGAGCGGGAUUGGAUUGGAAGGCAACAUCAGUCGUCGCCGUCACAGCGGGGCUUGUAGCUCUCCUCGAAGCCCAGUUUUCGGACUGCCAGGCGCUGUGGGUGCUGAUGGUGAGCAAGGCGAAGGACUACAUCCAUAAAACCAUCGAGGGAGAACUAGGCGACGACUUUCUGGAGAGGACAAGGUGGGAGGUACGCCAUGUGAAAUCGGUGAUGGAGGAGUUGAAGGAUGCGAAGGCGAGUGCGCAGGCAAUCGAUGAGCUUUCGACAGCGCCUGUGUGUGCAUAA